AUGAAUCUAGCAUUAGUUUGGAUUUUAAUUCUGAGCAUUUCAGCAUUUGAAGUUAGAAUUAAUUUUGAGAAAGCAACUUCUGAAACACGAAGGAAGAAUCAUUUUAGCAGUUCAACAUUUGAGAGCAAUAAAUUGAAGGCAACUGAAGAUGACUCUAAAAAAUAUUUGGAUGAUUACAUUUUAACAAUUCCAUUGACUUUGGGGCAGACUUAACUCAAAUAAACAAUAGAUACUACUUCUUAUAUCUCUUGGGUUUAUACCAAAUAAACUGAGACUAACUUAUGUACUAAUUGCCCAAAUGAUGCAGAAAUAUUCAAAUGUGAAGGAAGUUGCUAAUAUUCAAAAACUGCAGAUGAUCAAAAAAAAAUCCCGUUAACCACUGAAAAUACUUACGGAGGACGUGUAGUAGUUACAGGCUCAUAUGCAACUCAAGAUUCUUUAGAAUUGAUGGGAUUGAAGGCAAACUAAGUUGGUCUUGGACUUAUUGAUAAUUUAAAUGCAAAGGAGGAUCCCAAGUAUGAUUUUAAAGCAAAGAAUGGUGUGAUAGGUUUUGCUUAUGGUUCAGAUUAUAUUGAAUACAAAAACAAGAAAAAUGCUAUGGUUGGGGAAGUUAAGAAUGAACCACCUUUGGAGUAGACCCACAGUUUACUUUAAUAAUUCCAUUCUCAAUUGAAUAAUGUGUAAGCAUCAACAUUUGCAAUAAAAUUGGAAGAUAAUUUAUCUUUAUUGAUUAUUGGAGAAUAAUCGAACUAUUUUGCAGAAUCAAAAUUCACUUAAUUUACUAAUGUAGGAAAAAAGGCGUGGGCUUUGAAAGUAAAAAAGAUUGCAUAUGGUCUUGAAGGAAACUUUGCAUCUACUGGAACUGCCAUUUUCGAUAGCACCACUAGAUUUAUUUGGGCUGAUAAUUCAGUAAUCCAAAGCUUCCUAAAGGAGAUUAAGAAUUUCCAAAUUGAAUGCACUUAAGAAGAUGGCCUAUAUAAAUGCCCUUGUAAUGAUGAGCAAUUUGAAAAAUAUAAAGACAUUUACUUCUCAUUUAAUCUCCAGGAUAAAAUAGCAUAUCCAUUAUCCAAGUAGGAUUACAUUCACAGAGAACAAAACUAAUGUUAUCUAAUACAUUAGCAACUCAAUAAGAGAAACCUAAUGUCAUUAUUCCAUAUACAUUCUUUAAAAAAAAUUUUGUGUUGUUCAAUCCAAGAUACAAACCAAAUUUCAAUUUCUCAUUCAUAUCAAGUCAAUCCUGAUGAAAUUCACUCCCCUAAAAUACAAUUCUUUACACAGCAAUUGUCGGAGUAUUGUUGCUUUUGUUGUCAUUAUUCCUUCUGGUAAAUUGUAUGCAUAAAGCUCCUUAUGAUCAGGAUUAUUUGCAUUAAGUUGACUCUGGUAAGGGUGGAUAAUCAAGACCUGUUGUUAAUUAUUAGUAACCAUAAUAAUAAUAAUAAUAAUAAUAAUAAUAAUAAGUGCCUCAAUUCAAUUAACAAUAUUAAUAAUCCUAACCAGCCAUGUUUGGAGCUCCUCAAACAUAUUAAUAACAGCCUUAAAGAGCUUAACCUCCUCAAUAUUAAGGUGGUCUCUAUAAUUCUAGCCCAUAAAGAGCUAACCAAAUCGGAAUAAACUCUUAGGGAUAAUAUAUGCCAGGGCAAUAUAGAUGAUGAGAAUGUUAUAAAUAAGAUAAUAUAAAAUAAUUCAAUUAGAUUCUUUAUUUUGAGUCUCUUUAAAGUAUAAUUAUUUCAUUAUUAAUUAUCCUUAUAGGAUAAAGCAACAUAUUCACUUAAUUAAGUAAAUAUGAUUUAUUUGUAUCUAUAGACAAAAUAAUACUCUUAUAAAAAAUAUAAUAUAGUCGCGUCUUAUAACGAGAUAAUUAAUUAGUUAUAGAAUCAAUACUAUAUCUAUAGUUUAUUUAAAGACCUUUAUAAAUCUAGAAUUUAAGUUAUUAUUAUAAUAUUCUAUAUUAAAAACCGAUUAAUUGACAGGUUUUAUAACUCUACUUUAUGCCUUGCUUCCUUUAGAAAUUUGAGGUCUCUUUUCUGGACUAAGAGAGCAUAACUAUUAGAGAUCUUCAAUUCUUUAUUCAUACUUGGUCUAAUACUAAUUGCAACUUGUAAUAGACAAUUAUUAAAAUACAUUAAUGUUAUCAAGUAACAUAUUUAAUUAAUGAUUAUUAAUCAACUCUUUGAGAAACUCACAGAGUCACCGAAUUUCAAGAGCAUAUCUCUAUUGAUUAAGCUUUUUAGACUUGCAUCGAAAGGAGAUUAAGAUGAGGAUUAACCAGACCAAGCCAUCGCAAAGUACUGCUAAGAACCUGAAGAUUACUCGAAGAUUAUUCAAUUCUCAUUACUACAACUUCCAAAUAUUUUAAGGGAUUUUUAUUAAGUGGAUUAUGCAGAAACAUUUAAGAGAGAGCAUAUUGAAUCACAUAUUCAUUAGGUUAUCAUAAGAGGGUUCUUCAUCAAAGCAAUGAAUUUCUUGGAACAUACUAUAGAGACACAAGAGGCGUAGGAGGGAACAAUCCUAUUUGUUAUACGCGCUCUUGGAAAUUUGAAUAUCGUGUUGACAGCCUUUGAAAGUUUGUAAAAGAAGGCAUUGAAGUUAUUGAUACAAAUAUGGGGUGAUCAUUUAUCAUUGUAAAUCAAAUUGCAAGCAUUUGUGUAGGUUAGAAAGGUGUUUUAAUCAAUGGCUGAUCAUUAGCAAUAAGACAUUUUGAAAAAAUUUUAUGAGAAGUAUUUGGAGUCAGCAAAGCACGUUCUAUGGAGGAAUUAUGAAGCAAUCAAUUUCAUGAUCAAUUGUAUCACUGAAUUGUGCAAUCUCAACAUGAAUCAAGCUUAUUAAGUAGUGUAUUUGAGUUUACAGAGAUUGGUGAAAAAGAUCAGAGAUGCUAGUGUUUCUAAGAAUCAAUAAAAUGUUUUAUCCAUUUACAAUUAACAAACCUUGAAUGUACUCAAGUUAUGGGCUCAAGUAAUUUGUACUCACAAGAGAGAGAAUUAAUUGGCUGACUUGAUGCCUCCUUUCAUUCAAAUCACUCAAUCAGUGUUAGACUUUUAUCCUUGCAUUGAAAAUUACACCUUCUAAUUAUAGUUGAUUGAUAUCUUAAUCAAAGUGUCUUAGGUGUACAAGGUCAACUAAAAUCUGUUGAGUUAUAUACUUAGAAUGUUGAAUUGUGCUGAGUUGAAGAGGAGAAAGUUAAAGAGCAGUGUUAAGCCAUAUGACUUUUUGAUCAAUAUAUCGAUUAAACCGAAAUACAAAUAAUCGGGAACAUUUUGGGCUGAUUUUUGUUAAUAGAUAGUCAAUAAGAUAGUGAUUUACUUAUCCAUAUUCUCCACUGAAAAGUGGUUCUAUGAAUACACCUUAUUUUUGGAGAAAUAAUUGAAAAGAAUCUCAGAAGAUUUUGGUUUCGUGGGCAAUAAAAUUAAGGUGAAGGAUUUGAUUCGGUUAAUUGAACAACAUAAUAAAGGAGAAAAGGGGGAGAGCAAUUUGUAGAGUGAAGCUUAGAGAUUGGUUUAUGAGUAGGAGGAAUUGAUUAAAUAGAAGGUUAUGUCUGAGAAAUAGAGACAAUAAGCAGGGGAAGAACUUGAGGAAUCUGAAUAGGAAAUUGAUGAUGAGAAGGAAUAAGAAUAUGUGUUGGAUGAGAUUCGAAAGUAUAAGGAGGACAAGAAGAAGGAUGCUGUUGCUGAAGAGGAUUAUGAAGGGUUAAGUGAAUAUGAGGGAGAUCCUGAGAAUUAUUAGGAGGAGCCUGAUGGAUAGGAUGACUUAGAUGAUGAUUCUGAUAAUUGA